CAGCCACAAUGGCUGAAUCAGAAUUGGAGAAGCUUCGUCAGGAUAUUGCAAUCCUUACAGAAAAAUAUGAACAAGCCAAAGAAGAUAUUCAUAAGGCAGCAAAUGCGGGUUUAGAAUUGCUCCGUCAAAAGGAAGAUCUAGAGAAACGAUUAGCAGAGAUGCAGGCAGAAUUGGAUUUGGCAAGAACUGAAAUUGAUAAAACUAAUCAGACUCUUGCUGAAUACCGUUCCCAACAUCAACGGUCCACUCGAAGUGAACUCGAAAAUGAAGAAUCUCUACUCGAGGAAAGUUCAGCAAAAGAAGAGGAAUAUCUACAGAGAAUUGCAAAAUUAGAAGCAGAUCUUAAGAAAAAAGAACAAGAAUUGGCAGAAAAGAAAGAAGAAUUGGAAAGUAUUGAAAAGAAACAUUCGAAAGAAAUCGAUUCUGGAGCUGCAUUAGAAGAUGAAAGAAGAAAACUUAGAGCUGAAUUAAAAGAAACAAAAGAAAGAGAACAAAGAUUAAUUUCUGAAUAUUCAGAGUUAGAAGAAGAAAAUAUUGGAUUACAGAAGACUGUUGCAAAUUUAAGAGGAAGUCAAGUGGAAUAUGAAUCAUUAAGAAUUGAUAAUAAUCGAUUGGAAGAGACUAUUGAAAUUAUGAAAAUGGCUGCAGAGGAAGAUGAAAUAUUAAGAGUUAUUGCUGACAAACAGCUCGAAGAAGCUCUGCUCACAGCUCAACAAGAACGGGAUCAGCGAUUGGCAAUGAAAAGAGAAUUAGAACAGACAAGAAAUGCAGAGCAUAUCAGUAGUUUAAAUGAUAUGCUUUUUGGAUUGGAAAGGCUUGGGGAGGACGGCGAACUGCCACCUCCACAACCUGGAGCAAGUGACCUCUUCAGUGAAUUACAAGGAUCAAGUGAUGUAAAAGUUCGUGAACUGGAAGCUGCAAAGGAAGGACUUCAAGAAGAAUUAAAGAGCAGAGAGAAGAUUUUCAUCGAAUUUGUAACCGGAUUAGCAGACACCCUCAAUAUUCAUAGACCAACAAAUGAGCUCGACUACAUGCAUGCUCGUCAACAAAAAGACGUUGUACUAGAGAAAAUCCAGAACAUUGCUCGUGACACUGACCGUCAUGAUAAAGAAGGAGAAGAAAAACGAUCGGGAAUUUUGAAGGCUGAUUUGAGGACACUUGUAUUGGUUGCUGGAGAGAAAAGUGCUCAGUUGGCAGCUGCUCAAGACGCAAUGAUUCAAGUCUCCGAUCAACUUUAUCAAUUCUACCAUCAAAUGACACAGAACCAAGGAGUUCAAACAGAAAAGAGUGUACAAGAGAUUGUGAAAAAGUUGCGUCUAUUGGCUCGUGCCAAUGCAGAAGACGUUCCACGUGUCUCGUUGGCAGAUGAAGGAGUUGAAAGUGGAACAGAGACAGAUGUUAAUGCAUCAAGAUCAAUUCCAUUGAAUUCCGAUCGUCUUGUUAUUGCGCCAAGUUUUGCGAAGGAAAUUGAGAAAAAGUUGGCAAGUGUCAAGAUUGGCGAUGUGUUGUCAGAGACUGAUUUGAGGCAAAGAAUACUUACUGAAGGAAAUGCCAUUUCCGAAACCACAGAAUCGUUGAAAAAGAUGAUUCAAGUGGUGAAAAGAACCUCUGAACAAGCAUUCAAUCAAGCAGUUAUGGCAAGUGGAGCUGAAAAUGAAAUUGAAAUGCAGAAUAUGAAAUUGCGAAGUCUUUUAUCAACAAAACGAGAUCAGAUUUCAACGCUUCGAACUGUUUUGAAAUCGAAUAAGCUGACUGCUGAAAGUGCAUUGACUUCAAUGAGAGAAAAAUAUGAAUCAGAAAAGAAAAUGAUGAUGGAAAUUAAUGAUAAAAUGAGAAGAGAAUUGAAACAAUUGAAGGAAGAUGCUGCCACGUUUGCAUCUCAUAGGGCAAUGUUCACUGCAAGAGGAGAGGAACUCAAGUCAAAGGUGGAAGAACUAUCAAACGAGUUGCGUGCAAAUGAAGAGGAAAAGAAGACAUUAAAUCAACUUCUUCGUUUAGCAAUUCAACAGAAGCUCACAUUGACUCAACGUUUAGAAGAGGUUGAAGUUGAUCGGGAUAGGCAGGUAUUUAAGAGGAGUAGUACAAGAGCUCCAACUAGAGAGACCUACCAGCCACCGAGAGCAGUUCGUUAUCCGGGUUCAACAACAACAGCUCAACAGCCAGCACCUUCAUCUUCGGGGGGCUCGAGGGGAGGGCCACGCAGGGGAGACAAUCAGCAAUAAGCUGGUGGUCAGGUGAUGACGUGACAACGAUGAGAAGACGACGAACACCUACACCAGAGGAUCCAAAUGAUCAAGAAUCAAUUAAUACACAAAACCACGUCAUCACCACGUGGCCCUACGACCUGAAAAAUGAAGAAGAUCCCCAAUUAUUGAUUGAUUUAAUGAUGGAAGAGAUGAGAGUUGAAUCUGAAAUUGAAAGAAUGCGAUUAGCACUUAAAGAACAAGAAUCGAUAUUCGCUGAUUGUCAAUUUGUUAUUGCUCUUUUCUCACUUCCACCAAUUUUGAUUUAUCUGGCUGUUUCUGUUUUACUCUUCCCGCCAAUGCUAUAGAAAUCAGCAACAUUUUGAAUUUCCAUAUUUUCUACUUUUUUUCAAAUGUUUGUUAAGUCAGAUUUGGCAGCCGACAUUUCACGGGUUACCUCAUAGAAUUUCAUAUCCCGCGGGAUGUCGGCUGCUUUUAUCUUUUCUUCCAGAAUCACUCGUUUCGGUGUUUUUUUGACAUAAUGCCUUGAAAGUCUGUUUAAUUUGCAAAAAUCUGUGAUAAUUACUUUUAUUCUAAUUUUUAAAGUUAUCAUUCAAUUUUGUUUCUGUACGUGUACCCAGGCGAGCUCUGAGAACACUGUUUUUCUCUGAAUUUUUAAAUUAUUUAUUGAAUUUUCAGCCUCUUUUUUCCCUUGUGUGUGUGUGCAUGAUGUGCCUUUUUGUAUUUCUGUUAAUAAUUUGAUAUAAUAUCGAAUUUCUCAGAGAUGCUAAUAGAUUUUUCAAAACUUUUUUGUAUCAAUAUUGCUCAAAGUCUCUUUUUUUUUUUGUUGAACACAAUUCGUUAUUUAUAUAAAAUAAUUUCUC